AUGGCGGAAGAGCCAGUCGAUCCCGCUCCACCCGCCGAGUCCCCUCCACUCGUGCAGGCUGCUCCACCCGCCGAGUCCCCUCCACUCGUGCAGGCUGCUCCACCCGCCGAGUCCGCUCCGCCAUUCGAAUCUGCUCCACCCGUUCAGGCUACUCUAGCCGUAGAGUCAGCUGCACCCGCCGAAUCCGCUUCACUUGUAGUGUCCACGCCACUCGUCGACUCCGCCCCACCCGUCGACUCCGUUUCACCUGUAGUGUCCACUCCUCCCGUGGAGUCCUCUCCACCCGCUGCCCCUUCCGCGGAUGUGUCCGCCACUCCGCUGCUGGCGGAAGACGGCAGUUUGGAUGCCCAGGCGCAAAAUCUGACUGAAGAAGCGGAGAAUCUAGGAGGCGAGGUGAAAUCGGGAGGGGAAGGGGAGGGUCCAGAAGCGGGGGAGAAGUCGGGAGGGGGAGCGGAGGGUCAAGGGGAAGGGGAGCGUCCUGAAUCAGGCGGAGGCUCCUCAGGGAGCGGAGCGGGGGUUCCGCGCAGCGCGGAUGAGGUAGCGGCAAUCAGCGCAGCUGUGGCCGCCACAACUAGCGGAUCCGGCGGAGCAGCAGAAAGCUCGGAGGUAAAGCGGGGGAAGGGCGGGUGGGGAGGUCUAGGAAGCGCGAGUGCGAAGAUAUCGCGGGUGCGACUCGAUGACGUGGCAGAAGACGGAGCGGGGCAGGGCAACGAAUCUUCGCGGCUCAGCGGUCCCUCAGUGGGGGAGGGGGAGAAGGACAUGCGCGUGCCUCCGCCGACUCCGCGCACUCCGCGGCCGGGGGAGGAGGGGUGGCUCGCGCGCGUGGGGCGCGGGGAGUCGUGGAGCGAGGCGCUGCUGCUUCCGCUGACGGCGGGGAUUUCGGAUUUCGACGUGGUGGAUCCGAAGCAUGCGAGCAGCGACGCGCUCAUGCGAUGGCGCCGCAUGGCGCUCGUCAGAAACGCGACGCGGCGCUUCCGAUACACGGCGGACCUGCAGCAGAGACGAGAACAAGAAUCGAAGCCGCCCACUCCUAAGAUGUCGACCGGCCUCUCUCGUUUCCGAGGAGCUGCCAAGGCGCUCAAGGCAGUCGCGCGCUUCAAAUCAGUGCUCCCCCGCCUGUCAGAUGCAGCGUAUAGGGCCGCGCGCGCGGAGGGCUUUGGCGUGAGCGCGAAGCAGCUGGCGGUGAUGGUGGGGGGGCAGGACGCUAGCGCGCUCGACUCGUUCGGGGGCGCGCAGGGGGUGGCGCGGCUGCUGGGGAGCAACGUGGCGGAGGGCAUAGGCGGGGGGGAGGGGGACCUGAUGCGCAGGCGCAAGGUGUAUGGUGCAAACACGUUCCCUGAGCAGCCUCCUAAGACGUUCCUGCAGUUCGUGUGGGAUGCCAUGCAGGGAUGGGAGGAGGGGUGGUACGACGGAGUGGGUAUCCUCAUGAGCAUUGUGCUCGUCGUAUUCGUCACUGCUACCAGUGACUACAGGCAAUCGCUGCAGUUCCAGAUGCUGGACAGGGAAAAGAAGAAGGUAGCGGUUGAGGUGGUGCGUGGUGCAGUGCGGCAGAAGGUGUCCAUUUAUGACCUCGUGGCAGGGGACGUGAUAGUGCUAUCUACGGGGGAUAUAGUCCCUGCCGAUGCUGUAUUUAUUGGAGGGCACAGCCUGGUGGUGGACGAGUCGAGCAUGACGGGCGAGAGUGUGCCGGCGUACAAGGGCAAGGACGCGCCCUUCUUCCUGGCGGGCACCAAGGUGCAGGACGGCCAUGGCACUGCGCUCGUGGUGGGCGUGGGCAUGAACACGGAGUGGGGGCAGCUCAUUGCCAAGCUCACCGACAGUGGAGAUGACGAGACGCCGCUGCAGGUGAAGCUGAGUGGAGUGGCGACGCUGAUAGGGCGAGUGGGGCUGUACGUGGCGCUGGUGGUGUUCGUGGUGCUGCUCGCACGCCUGCUGCUCUCCACCAGCAUAUGGGACUGGUCCUUCCACCACACGCUGCAGGUUGUGGAUUACUUUGCAGUGGCAGUCACCAUAGUGGUUGUGGCCGUCCCAGAAGGCCUACCUCUCGCGGUAACACUAUCGCUCGCCUUCGCAAUGAAGAAGAUGAUGAGGGACAAGGCGCUCGUGCGCAAGCUAGCGGCGUGCGAGACCAUGGGGUCUGCUACGACUAUAUGCAGUGACAAGACGGGCACGCUCACUGCGAAUCAGAUGACUGUGGUGCAGGCGUGGGUGCUAGGUCACGUGCGCAAGGUGCCGCUGCUGCAGCCUCAGGAAAUGCGCGAAAUGGAGGAGUGGAAGCUCCCUGAAUCCCUCUCCGCCCCGCUCCUGCAAAACGUGUUUAUCAACACCAGCGGAGACGUGCAGCUGCCCACGCCGCCCGCCCCGCCCUCCUCUGCCCCAGUCGUCCUCGGCACGCCCACAGAGCAGGCCAUUCUCACCUGGGGUCUGCACCUCGCCUCCCCCUCCGCUUUCUCUUCCACUCGCUCCUCUGCUACCAUUCUCAAGCUCGAACCGUUCAACUCGCAGCGCAAGCGCAUGGCGGCAGCCGUUCGCCUGCCCAACGGGGGCGUGAGGGUCAUGUGGAAGGGCGCUGCAGAGAUUAUUCUCGCAAGCUGCACCCACGCAGUGGUGGGGGUAGUGGCAGGGGAAGGGGAGAAGGGAGGUUCCGAGGCAGUAGUAGCGCCCAUAGAUGAGGAUGCCCUGGGGAAGGUUGUGGAGGAAUCAGCUACUGCGGCGCUGCGCACGCUGUCGCUGGCGUACAAGGAUUUGAGUGCGGAGGAGGUGGAGCAGAUGGGGUUGGUGAAGGAAGGGGAGUGGGUGGCGGAUGUUGCGAUCCCGGAUCAGGGGUUGACGCUGAUGGCGGUGGUGGGAAUUAAAGACCCGCUGCGGCCUGAAGUGCCCCGCUCUGUCAUGCUGUGCAAGCGCGCAGGGAUCAUGGUGCGCAUGGUAACGGGUGACAACUUGAGCACGGCCAUAGCCAUCGCGCGCGAGUGUGGCAUUCUAACGAGCGAGGGCGUGGCAGUGGAGGGUCCCAAGUUCCGAGUCAUGGGUGACGAGGAGCGGAGGGAACUCGUUCCUCGCUUGCAGGUGAUGGCACGGUCGUCCCCCACGGACAAGCACCUGCUGGUGUCGCUGCUGCGGGAGAUGGGUGAGGUGGUGGCAGUCACAGGCGACGGCACCAACGACGCACCUGCUCUCAAGGAGGCAGAGAUUGGGCUCGCCAUGGGCAUCGCGGGCACAGAGGUGGCGAAGGAGAGCGCAGACGUGAUAGUGAUGGACGACAACUUCUCCUCGGUGGUGAAUGUGGCCAAGUGGGGGCGCAGUGUGUACACCAACAUCCAGAAGUUCGUGCAGUUCCAGCUCACUGUCAACAUCGUCGCUCUCGUCACCAACUUCGUCUCCGCAUGCAUCACAGGCACGGCCCCACUGACAGCAGUGCAGCUGCUGUGGGUGAAUCUAAUCAUGGAUACACUCGGCGCGCUCGCCCUCGCCACCGAGCCACCAAAGGAGUCCCUCAUGCACAUGAAGCCCGUGGGGCGGCGCACUCCCUUCAUCACGCCGUCCAUGUGGCGCAACAUUGCAGGGCAGGUGGUGUUCCAGCUGCUCGUGCUUGCACUGCUGAACCAGUUUGCAGCGUUCCUGUUUGGGCUGCAGGGGCCGCUGGCUGCCGCUACCAAGCGCACGCUUGUGUUCAACACGUUUGUAUUCUGCCAGCUAUUCAAUGAGAUCAACUCACGGGAGUUGGACGAGGUGAACGUGCUGCACGGCAUGCACCAGAACGUCAUCUUCCUCGCCAUUCUCCUCUUCUCCACCGUCUUCCAAGUCUGCCUCGUGCAAUACCUCGGCAAGUUCGCCUCCACCGUGCCGCUCACGCCGCUGCAGUUUGCCGCGUGCAUCUUCAUCGCGUCGCUGAGUCUCCCUGUCGCAGCAGCUGUGAAGCUGAUAGAGGUGCCGAAACAGUCUGUGGUGGCUAUGGAAAGGCUUACCAGCAGCAUCUCGGCCCACUUGCAGGUGUUUUUCCCAGAGGAAGGGAAAGUGCCUGAGGCAGGGGCUGGGAAGGAGGUGAAGCAAGAGUGA